AUGCGACUGAGUGAAAAGUCGUUAGCAUACAAGCAACGCACUAGUAGGCGUACGAGAAAUCAUAGGAUUACUAGCCGAGGCCCAGACGAAAUACAAAACCGGAAGUUUCUUUUUCUUCUUCUUGAUUCUUUCUUUUUUCUUCUCUUUCUUGAUCCUUCUUUUUCUUCUUCUUUUACCUCUCCUUCUACCUAUUUUCUUUUUCUUUUUUUCCUUUUUCUUCUUCUUCUUCUCCUUUUUCUUCUUCUUUGUUCUCGUUUCUUUUCUUCUUCUGAGUUUUCUUUUCUCAGGUUUCUUUUUAUUUACUUGAUUCUUUUUUUUUUUCCUUCAUCAGGUUUCUUUUUUUUCUCCUCCUUCUUCAUGAUUCUUUCUUUUUUCUCUUUCAUGCUCGUUCUUCUUCUUCUUCUUCUUCUUCUUUUUCUUCUUCUUCUUCUUUUUCUUCUUCUUUUUCUUCUUUUUCUUCUUGAUUCUUCUUUUGUUUUAUACUUUCUUGAUCGUCCCUUAUUUUCUUCUUCUGCCACUCUUUCUACUUUUUCUUCUGUACUUUUUCUUUUUCCUUCAUCAGAUUUCUUCUUCUUCUUCUUCAUCACCAUUGUUCUAGAGUUUUAUUUUUAUCAGGUUCUUUUUUCUUCUUAUUCAUUCUUUUUUGUUCUUCUUCUUCUUCUUCAUCAUCAUCAUCAUUUUAUUUUUUUUCUUCUUCUUCUUCUUCAUCAUAAACUUCUCCUCCUCCUUCAUCAUUUUUCCUUCUUCGUCAUUAUCAUCAUCAUCAUCAUCAUAUUCUUCUCCUUCAUCUUCUACCUGUUUUCAAUUUCUGUGAAUUCUUCUUCUUCCCCUUGUUUCUUCUUCUUGAUUCUUCCUCCUCCACCUCCUCCUCCACCUCCUCCUCCUCCUCCUCCGCCUUCUUCUUCUUCUUCUUCUUCUUCUUCUUCUUCUUCUUCUUCUACGUUUUUUCUUAUUGAUUUUUUUUUUCAUUUUUUUUCCUUUUUCUUCCUUUUCUUCUUGCUUUUUCUUUUUCUGUUUUUUUUUCUUCUUGAUUUUUUUUUUUUCUUUCUUUUCUUGAUAUUUCUUUUCUUCUUCUUUUUCCUCUUCCUCAAAUAUUUUAUUGUUUUUCAUUUUUUCCUUCCUUUUCUAGUUAUUUAUUUUAAUCUUUUUUUGUGUUUCAUCUACUUUUGGUUUCUUCUUCCUUGUAUUUUUCUUCCUGAUUCUUUCUUUUUUCCUUCUCUUUGUUUCUUCUUUUCUUUUCUUUUACCUCUCCUUUUUCUUGUUCUUGAUGUUUUUCUUUUAUCAGCUUUUCGUUUUUUCUUCUUGAUUCUUCCUUUCUUGCUUCUUUUUCGUCAUUUCCCUCCAUUCUUUCUUUUUUCCUUCUCUUUGGAAAUUCUUUCUUUUUAUCUAACAUCAGGAAAUCCUUCUUUUGAAAUUUCUACUUUUACCUCUCCUUCAUGGACCGAACCUCUGAAUUCUAUGAGUUUAUUUUUUUCCUUCACCAAUUCUUUUUUUUUUCUUUUUCUUCUCCUUCUUUCUCCUCGUCUUCCCGCCUCAUCUUCUCUUCAUCUUCUUCUUUUGCCUCCUUUUUCCUUCUUCUUCUCUUCAUCUUUUUCCUUUUUUUCCUCCUUGACCUUCUUCAUUUUCUUUUCUUUCCUACUCCAUUCUUCUUCUUCUUUUUCUUCUUCUGAGUUUUCUUCUUCUAACACUUCAGGUUGUUCUUCUUUCUUUGUCCUCCUCUUCCCUUCUUCUUCUUCUUCUUCUUCUUUUAUUUCUCCUUCUUCUUCUUCCGCCACACUUUUUCUCUUCCUACCGUUUCAUCUUCUUCUUCUUCUUCUUUUUUUUCUUCUUCUUCCUUUUUUUAUUUCCUUUCUUCUUCGUUUUUUCUUCCACUUCCCUUUUUUCUUCUUCUUGUUUUUCUUCUUGUUUUCUUUUUACCUUCUUCUUUUCUUCUUCUUCUUGAUAUUUUCUUUUCUUGAUCUUUUCUUCUUCUUUCCCGCCUUUCUUCUUCUUUCUUCUAACUUUUUCUUCUUCUUCUUCUUCUUCUUUUUUUUUUUCUUACCGCCUCCUUUUCUUCUUCUUGUUUCUUCCGCCUCACUUCUUCUUCUUCUUCUUCUCUUCCUUCCUCAUCUUCUUCUCUUGUACCACUUCCCUUCUUCUUCUUCUUUUCUUUUCUUGUUCUCUUCUUCCUCGUCUUCUUCUUCUUUUCCUCCACUUCCCUUUUUUCUUCUUCAUUUCUUCUUCUUUUUCUUCUUGUUCUUUUCCUUCAUCGGGUUUCUUCUUCUUCUUGAUUCUUUUUUUUUUUCGCCUCUUUCUUCUUCUUCUUUUCUCUUCCCUUUUCUACUUCUUCUUCUUCUUCUUCUCUUUUUCCUUUACUUCUUCUUUUCUUCUUUCCUUUUCUUCUUCUUCUUCUUUUUCUUCUUUUUUGUUCUCUUCCCGCCUUUUCUUCUUCUUUUCCUCCUUUCCCUUUUUUCUUUUCUUCUUUUUUCUUUUUCUCUUCCUUCUCACUUCUUCUUCUUUUCCUCUUUCUUCCCUUUUCUUCUUCUUCUUGUUCUUGUUCUUUUGUUCUUUUACCGCCUGACUUCUUGUUUUCUUCUUCUUCUUGUUCUUCUUCUUCUUCUUCUUCUUCUUCUUUUUCUUCUUCUUCUUCUUCUUUUCUUCUUCUUUUCUUCUUUUUCUUCUUGA